AUGAACGAAAAGCGAACAAUCCUCAAUGAAAGAAAGCAACGUGCCCUAGAAGCAGUUUCUCGCCUUCCUCCAAAAGAUCUCUUACUAGCCCAACUCCAUCACAUGGAAAAUCCCCCAGAAAAUGCAGAAAUAGAUUGCAAUCCGUUUGAUCAGAGUAAUUUAGAUCAUUCUUCCCUAGAAUCCAUCAUUUCCAACACGUACUCUGAUCGAUUGGAGAGGGACAUUGCUAUAUGUCACUCAUUACUUAUUCACUCUAAAUUGUGCAUUCUUGAUGAGGAGCAACAAUCAGUAACGAAUCAAUUGAGAAAACAGUUAAGGACAAUAUUUGAAUAUAGAGAGGAUAGAAGUGACUUUGAUAGAGAGUAUGAGGAUCAGUACUUUCUCAUGCUUGAGGAAAUGUGCGUUAAUCUACCAGCUCUGUUGCCUAACUUGAUCCCUAUCAAUCAGACAAAUUUGAUUAUGAACCACAAGGACGAAGGAUUUCUAUUUAGAAAGGUGGAAGAAAUUCUUUCAGGAAUGUUUGAAUUUACUGAAAUGAGUGAACAAGUGAAAUACCUGCAAAUUGUGGUGGACAAGUUGCAAACAGAAUUUCAAUGUUUAAAGACACAUGAACAUUGUGUUGAUUUAAAACUGAUAAGAGAUGUUGUUUUUUCAUUAUCAGUUUUAUUGGACCAAGAUGUGAAGGAAUAUUCAAGAUAUUUUGUAAACUUUGGAAUUUUGGAUUUACUUGCUGAUUACUUGACAUUGGAUCCUAAUGAAGGUUCCAUAAAGAUUCUAGAUGACAUUUUGAGUGUGAAUGGAUUCAUUGUUCGAUUAUAUUCUGAAUUGGCUGCGACCAUCAGUGAGGAUACAAAAAUGUUGAGCGAUUGGUUUCUGGGUGGAAGGUCAAUUAGUGCAAUUAUCAGUCGUUUACUGAAAGAGGUCGACAAGUUAUCUAAAGAACUAGCAAGAAAUUUACAAGAAGAAGUGGUUGAUAUUCUUGAUGAAGAUUGUGAUUAUCAUCAGCAAGGAUUGAUUGUAAAAUAUUCAUUGUAUUGCCUUUUAGAAUUAUCAAGAAAGGGACUUUUACAGAAAUACCUUUCCAAAUCAAUGAAUGCUGAACAAGAUGCCCUAUUUCAAGUGUUGUUGGGAUAUUUGUGGAAUAUGCUUGCAGAUAAGGGAAGAAUUAUUCUUGUGAAAAUUGUUGCUAACGUUGUAGACAUUCCAAAGUUAACAAACUCCUUGCUGGAUGAUAGCUGUUUACUUGGAUGCUUGUUUGAUCUACUCGAGUCAAGAGAGAGUUUUAUCCAUGCCAUGUAUAUUUUUGUUCAGCUCUCUUGGUAUCCACAUAUUGUAAGUGUUAAAAAUCAAAUAUAUUUGAUAGCUUAA